GUACUGAAUUUUCUAAUUCCAGCUCCAAGUCAACAAGCGCGAUAUGCUACGACCUGCACGUGGAUUCAUCCCCUCUCCGCAGACAAGUUGAUCAUCUUAAAGAUUAUAAUUAAAACGUCCAGCCUAUAAAACCCAACAUUGAGGAACCUACAUCGAAUCUACGUGUUUAUUGGAUCUUCCAUUAUUAACCACUCACUAGCUUAGCUCUUAUAAGUUAAAACCUAACCUACCAAGCUUUAAUUAGCUAUCAUCUAACCAAAAUGGCUCAAACUAAUUAUAAUGCUCUUCUUAGAAGUAGUACUAGUACUAUUGUUGUUGUUCUAAUACUCCUUUAUACCUCCUCCUUAGAAGCGAAAGCUGAUGAGCUUAAGACCUUAAACAAUGUUCCAAGUGAGUUUGUGGAGUCUGAACCUCGUAAGUUUGGUAAUCAUGGGGUUAAGUCUCAUGACACUCCACCCUCUAUUACCCCAAGUCAACCUCCAGAGGGUCAUAAUAAUAGUGUCAAGACGUUUCAUGUAGACGCGACCUCUUCUGAUGAUGAACAUCAACAUCAACAUCAACUUAGCCCACAUCCGCAUCUCCAUUUCAAGGAACCACAUGCUCAUCAUCAUACAGAUAAAUCUGUAGCAGGAGGUGGUGUCAUCAUCGCCUGCCUAGCUACUGCUUUUGUUUUAUCCAUUUUCUGCUACAUCCGUGCCACUCGUCAACAGAUCAUCAGUAAAGAGCAGCUUAUCUAAUUUUGUAUCUAUUAUUACAAAUUUUGUGUUUCUGUAUACAACCAGCUUAGUUACCAUCACUCCACACUACAAAAAACAAGAAGUCAACCCUUUUAUUUAACUUGGGAGAUAUUUGGAGUUCUCGUCGUAUAAAAAUAUGUAUACAAGCUCUUUUUUUUGGUUCAAACGAAAAUAUAGUCAUAAUGCUAAAAUGAUACUUUUUCUCCAUCCUACAUACGAGGUAUUAAUCGCUUUCUCUUACCUUUUUCUCUCCCACUACCUUCAUCUCUGUCAUUUUGUAUUGGAGUUUACG